CCCUGCGCGCCGCACCGAGUUGGUUGCAUUCAACAUGGCUUCAACCCUCAGUCGCGGUAUCCCACAGCCCUUUAUUAAGCUACAGCAACGAAGACAAUCAUUUGCAAGAGCUUUCCGAGCCCGAACUCCUGUUUCAGAUAAAAGGGCUAUCUGCAAAACCCGCAGCAUCCCUUCCCGUCAGCGUUCGCAGCCUGUCUCGACCUACGGCCCCUUCUCGUUCUCCCCAAGGCAGACGACAGCCCAGGUCACCAUCACUGAACAAGCGACAUCAAGCCUCGUCGGCAUCUGCUACAAGACACCGCUAAUAUCUGUGUCAUCUCAUAAGCGAGCCUUUGCAGCCACCGCUGCUCCUGCGCAACCAGCAGACAUGGCGUCGGACGAGGAUUACAUGGCCUUCUUGAACAAGGCCAACGAGGACCCUUCUAAAGGUCUCGCGAGAGGUAGUACUGCUCCGCAGGCAAGCGCAAAGGCGUUCAGGGCUACGCAGGAAGGUGUCGAAGUACCCGCACCGCUAGUCAAAGUGUGUGAGAACAGAGAUUACAUCAGCGAUGCCGACAUGCCGUUCGAGCCUGUUGCGCUUGGGUGGGACAAGAGCGGGAGGGGUUUGCCUGAUGAGGAGGAAUUCGCCCGGUUGAUUGAGCACUGGGAUCCGGAGAAAGCCGAGAUCGAGAUAAUGGACCCGAUCGACUGGGACCGGAACGGGAACUACAAGGAGGUGAUCGAUGCCGUGACGGAGGCGGGACAAGGGAAUGACGUGAGGGUCUAUAGAGUGAAGAGAGAGGGUGUCAAGGCGGAGUAUUACGUUGUGACAACUGAAGGGAAGGGGAAGGGAGCGAAGCUGGUGGGCGUGAAAGCCUUAGCUGUGGAAAGCUGAGGGGCUUCAUAAGUGAAGACCAUGUAAGAGGAAUAAUUCGCUCAUUGGUGAGACCUUGAUAUGAUUUGUCCGUGUCCUCAAUGAGAGUAUAGCAUGAUAUGUUCCCUUUCUUCUACCGUUCUUUCUUUGAGAAGUUUGUGAUGGUACCUCAGUAGACGGAGCAAUCCGCAACAAGGGUAUGUAGAAUACGAUACAAGGCGCGCAAGUGCUGACGAGGCAGACAGGGGCAACCUUACGUAGUGG